GAAGAAGAAGAAGAAGAUGCAGCCGACGAACAAGGCAGACGUUGCUCUCGCAGCUGGCGACAAGAAGAAGGCGCGGCGCGCGCGGUUCCAGCGCGUGUUCGAGACGAUGCGGGACGAGCUUAUUGCGCAUAUGACGGCGAACCAUAUGCCGGACGAGGCGGUGGAGUGGUAUCGCGCUAACCUCGAGUACAAUGUGCCCGGCGGCAAGCUUAACCGCGGCAUGUCGGUGCCCGACAGCGCGGAGGUGAUUCUCGGGCGUGCGCUCACCGACGACGAGUACUUCAAGGCUGCGCUGCUGGGGUGGAUGAUCGAGCUCCUCCAAGCGUUCUUCCUCGUCUCGGACGACAUGAUGGACGACAGCACGACGCGCCGCGGGCAGCCGUGCUGGUACCGCAAAGACCUCGGCCCGAACAGCGCGAUCGCCAAGGUCGGCAAUAUCGCGAUCAACGACUCGUUCAUGCUCGAGGGCGCCAUCUACCACCUACUCAAGAAGCACUUCCGCGCGGAGCCGUACUAUGUCGAUAUCCUGGAGCUCUUCCAGGAGACGACGUUCCAGACGGAGAUGGGGCAGCUCGUGGAUCUGAUCACGGCGCCUGAGGAUAAUGUCGAUCUCAGCCGGUUCAAUAUGGACAAGUACAAGUUCAUCGUGCGCUACAAGACCGCGUACUACUCGUUCUACCUCCCCGUCGCGCUCGCGAUGCGUAUGACCGGCGUGCCGGACACAUACACCGCCGCGGGCGCGCCCUUUGCGCCGUACGAGACCGCGCUGAAGAUCCUGAUCGACAUCGGCGAGUACUUCCAGGUGCAGGACGACUUCCUCGACUUCCACGGGACCGAGGCGCAGAUCGGGAAGCGCGGGACGGACAUUGUGGACAACAAGUGCUCGUGGUGCGUGAACACCGCGCUGGGCGUUGUGUCGCCCGCGCAGCGGAAGGUGCUGGACGAGCAUUAUGGGCGCAAGAAUCUGCAGGACCACGAGGAGGAGGCGAAGCAUGAGAGGGAGGUGAAGAGGCUGUAUGGGGAGAUUGAGUUGCCGAGGUUGUAUAGGGAGUAUGAGGAGAGGAUUGUGGGCGAGAUUAGGAAGGUGGUGGCGACGGUGCCUGUGCCGGAGGGCGCGCAGGGGCAGGGCGCGGUGCUCAGGCCGGAGGUGUUUACUGUGUUCUUGGACAAGAUCGUUGGGAGGUCGAAGUAAAGGGCUGGAGAUACCUCGAAGGGAUAUGCGAAUGUAGGAUUGGCUUGCGAUAUGCUGGAUUCUCUGUUGUACGCGUUUACUGUGCUUUGAUGGCGUUGGUAUCUUCUCUGUUUCUUAUCUACACUGCUUGUGCACUUUGUAGUCCUGUGCAACGGCGCUUGCCUCGUGGCUGUGUUUUAGCGCCCAUUCUCUUGGGUGUCAUGGACACGCUUUGGACCGCC